ACGCCACCGCUUGGGCAGGUAAACGCACACUCGAGCAUGGUGCGGUGGUGGCGAGUGCUCGUCGGCUCCGCCUUGGUCAUGGGCGUCGACGGGAAUUUGUGCGAUACGUGCAACGGCAACGGCGUGUGCGAUGCCGCCACUCGCAUUUGCCAAUGCAAAGCAGGGUAUCGCGGCAACCGGUGCGAGUUCAAGGUGUGCCCUUCCGGCGUGGCUUGGGUAGAUUUUGCUUCGGCUGUCGACACGGCGCACGCCAUGGCGGUGUGCUCGAACAUGGGGACGUGCGACGACAUGACUGGCGUGUGUACUUGCCAAGCAGGAUUUGAAGGGCCUGCGUGCGAAGUCAUGUCGUGCCCGACGUGCGUGUACGGGCGCUGUGUCACGAUGCGCGAAGCGGCCGCGACGCCCGACGACUACAACUUUUUCACGUCCACAACGUACAAUUUGUGGGACGCUGAUAAAGUGCGCGGGUGUCAGUGCGACUACGGGUUUGAAGGUUACGAUUGCUCGCUCCGCAAGUGCCCCGUCGGAGACGAUCCGUUGACCACGGGCCAAGUGGCCCAAGUCCAGCAUCUGAGCUGUCUGUGCUCGGGAUGCUCUGGGUCAUUUGUGCUGUCGUUCCAAGGGUUCCACACGGCCAACAUUGCCCCAACGGCGACCGCGGCGACGCUUGCGUCCGAAAUCAAUAAAUUGCUACCCCUCCAUGGAGUCACAGUGUCGUUGUCGGGGGUCGGAACCACCGUCUGCGAUCCCGACGGCGCCGUGUCGGCCAUCACGUUCACUCAUGACGGUGGCAACUGGCCAGCGUUUCGAGUGACGAGUCUUCUCACGGGCGGUACAUCGGCGAUCUCCGUGCAGUCUGGCGGCACACCAGGCUUGUAUGACAGUGUGCCAGCCACCGUCGUUGCCACCACUGAGGCGGCAGUGUGCUCGAACCGCGGCCGGUGUGAUUCUGUCACGGGGCUGUGCCAGUGCUCCCCGGGAUUUUCCAGCAGCGACGGCGCUGGAGGGACCGGCACAUUGCCGGACUGUGGAUACGGGACGACGUCGACGUGCCCAACGGCUGCCUCGAACGGCUUGACGUGCAACAACCAAGGCACUUGCAACUCGGGCACCUUUUACAAGUGUGUGUGCAACAAUGGAUUCACUGGCAUCGAUUGUACACUGCGCACAUGCCCCAGCGGUUAUGCGUGGUUUGACGGAGCUUCGGCCGCUGACACUGCCCAUGCCCUCGCGAUAUGCUCGAACAAAGGCACAUGCAACACAGCCACCGGCAUAUGCACGUGUGCCGUGGGUUAUGCUGGGGCUGCUUGCGAGCUGAUGACGUGCCCUGGAACGCCAAGCGUCUGCAAUGGCCGUGGCCGGUGCAAAACGAUGCAACAGCUUGCGAAAUCUGCAGCGACGAACGGCGAGUUACUUGGAAUCACGUAUGGCACCACACCAAACGUCGCGGCGACGUGGGAUUUCAAUAAAAUCCAGGGGUGUGACUGCGGCCAGCACUAUUACAUGGGGCCGUCCGUGGGUCAGCUCGACGACUUUACUGCCUACGACUGCUCUGCACGCUCGUGUCCGUAUGGAGCUGAUCCGUACGAGACUGGAAAAGUCGAUGAACAGCAAACAAUCACGUGCACGGCCGACGGGGGAAGCUUUACGUUGACAUUUCGCCAGUUUACGACCGCUGCCAUUCCAGUGACCGCGACGCCGUUGGUGGUCAAGGCCGCGCUGGAAGCACUGCAGACUAUCUAUUCUGUUGUUGUCACGUUUGGCGCGUCAAGUCCGACGGUGUGCACGAGCUCGGGCGUCGUUACGACCAUCCAAUUCACGUCGACACAAGGCGCUCUUCCGCUUUUGACCGCAUCCGUUGCCGGGCUUUCGUUAGGGGGGGGUGGCACCCCCACGGUCGUGGUCGCUCGAACCGUGGCCGGCACGAAAGCUAACGUGGAAUGUUCCCGCCGGGGCACCUGCAGUACGUUGUCGUCGAGACGGCUAGAUGUUGACUGUGCUGCUGUGUUCUUCAGACCGCCAAACAGGCGUGUGCGAGUGUUACGAAGGAUUUUACAGCUCGGACGGCAACGGCAACCCUGGCACGCGUGGCGACUGUGGCUACCUGUCCCCAUACUAUGACAUGCCCAAGGUUGUCGCGCUGCCAUUGAGCAAGUAGGACAAGCAACCAGAUGGGGAAUAAGACUCCAAAAGCCACGUACAUAACUUCGAAAUCGC